GGUUACACUUCUGAGCGCCUUCUGCGUUACACUUCUGAGCGCCUUCUGGAAGCCACAGGGCAGCGGAACCUGUGCGAGGAGCCGGUGGAGGGAGGGCAGGCAGGCCCAGCUUAUGUGCCAGCCCAGUGACAGACAUAAAAGCGUAAAUCAGGCUGAGGAUGGUGCGUCCGGGCGCUCACGUGUAUGUAGACCUACCGGCGUGUCUUUCUGCCGUGUGGGUACCUGUAGUGUGAGUGGCUCUGGGCGUGGCUGCUCGUAGGACGUUCAGUUUCUGUAAGAUUUAUCUCGAGGGGCCUACCUUUCCCUGGCUCCAGAGGGGGAACGUAAGAAGUUUAACGGAGCCGAAUCUAAGCAGAUUAAGGGAACAGCGGCUGGGCCGGAGAGGGUGCGGACUGCAGGUGCUGAGGGGCUAGGAAACCACGUCUUUGCCCCGUCUCCCCCGGCAGAAAGGCCUUUUGGCAAGACUGGUGUGACAAAGGUGGCCCUGAAGUGUUAGAGAGCCCGGGCAAUUAUGAUCGCUGAGUGAGUGGCCCUGGGCUGAGCCUCAGCCGUUGACUGAUAGAAAGGGAUGCUAGCAGUUAGGAAGGUAAGGAGGAAACUCAGGAUGGGGACCAUCUGCUCCCCCAGUCCCAGCGGGACAAAGACAUUGGAGGUCUGCAAUGCUGACUGGAUGGCCUCGCUCCCUCCUCUCCUCCACAACGUCCCCCUUUCCAAUCUGGCAAUCCCAGGCUCCCAUGAUUCAUUCAGUUACUGGGUAGACGAAAAGUCCCCAGUGGGGCCUGACCAAACCCCAGCUAUCAAACGCCUCGCCAGGAUCUCCUUGGUAAAGAAGCUCAUGAAGAAAUGGUCUGUGACUCAGAACCUGACAUUCCGAGAACAGUUGGACGCUGGGAUCCGCUACUUCGACCUGCGUGUGUCUUCCAAGCCAGGGGAUGCCGACCAGGAAAUCUACUUCAUUCACGGGCUUUUUGGCAUCAGGGUCUGGGAUGGGCUGAUGGAGAUUGACUCGUUCCUCACACAGCACCCCCAAGAGAUUGUCUUCCUGGAUUUCAACCACUUCUAUGCCAUGGACGAGGCCCAUCACAAACGCCUGAUUCUCCGGAUCCAGGAGGCCUUUGGGAACAAGCUGUGCUCAGCCGGCAGUGUGGAGAGUAUGACGCUCCAGACGCUGUGGGAGAAGAAGAGCCAGGUUCUCAUCUUCUAUCACUGUCCCUUCUACAAGCAAUACCCCUUCCUAUGGCCUGGAAAGAAGAUCCCCGCGCCCUGGGCAAAUACCACGAGUGUGCGCAAGCUCAUCCUCUUCUUGGAGACCACGCUGAGUGAGCGCUCUCCCCACGGAUCCUUCCACGUGUCUCAAGCGAUCCUCACGCCCAGAGUGAAGACCAUCGCCCGGGGCCUGGUUGGCGGCCUCAAGAACACGCUGGUCCAUAGGAAUCUUCCUGCCAUCCUGGACUGGGUGAAGACUCAGAAGCCUGGAGCCCUGGGUGUCAACAUCAUCACGUCUGACUUCGUGGACCUGGUGGACUUUGCCACAGCUGUCAUUGAAUUGAAUGACCUCCUACAGGAGGAUAGAGCUUUGGCUAAAUGCUGAUUUAACUUGUUAUUUAACUUAAUAUUGAAGUUGUUGAUCCAGGCUAGAGUUCUGAAGGGUUUCUUGUUAAGUUGGCCCCUGGGCAGUGAUGGUGAAGGGAGUCAGAGGAGGGGAUAUUUUUUUUUUCCCCUCCUCACAGGGCCAUUUGGAUAAAAUUACAGGGCUUUUAAUUGCAUUUUUCCCAAAUGAGACUUUGUAAAAACUUAAGUCCGAGGGAAGAAAGCUUGUUUCAUGUGAUCAAGGUCAGCAUCUCCCCAACGGCAUAUGAUGUUGAAUGUAAUAUGGAAGUGGGGUUUCCAGGUUCCACUGGGGUAUUGAGUGUCCCCUAAUUGGCCCAGUUCCCUGUUGUCUUCUGGGAUGUUGUGUUGGAGGCAGAGAGAAGGCUGAAGCAGAAGGGCAUUCCUGAUCCAAAGGAUGGCUCAUGGCAGGUGUGGACUGCCCUGUGCGGUGGCUCUAUCACCAGCCUGGGGCUCUGAGGGGAGAAAGGCCAAGCAACAGUUUUCUCUAAGCGUGUUAAACGUCACCACUUCUUCCCCAAGAGUAAGACGUAUUUAUCACCAAACUAUUUCAGCCACAAGCCGUCUUGCAGUGCUUGUGCUGGUAAUUGGUCAUCUUCAUUCUUUAGAUAAACCAUGCAUACUGUCCUCGGUAUCAGAAACAAGUGGGUUUGGAGCUGUUCUGUAACUCCUUGAAAACAAGACUACCUCGGGGACAUUUAGGAUGAUGGUGUGUCAUCCCGUGAGAAAUACACAGUGUUGGAACACUUCCAGUUUGUGUCUUGAUUGUUCUACUUUCUGCAGGUUGUUUUGAGCCUACUAAUCACCACUGAAGGAGGGCUUUGAAACUCAAGAGGGGAUUUUUUUAUUAUUAUUGAUAAGAGGUGCUUAUCUAUAAAGAGCCCUCUUGUGUUUUAUUUAUUUAUUUAUUCUUUUAUUUAUUUAUAGGUUAAGUAUCUUCAGUGCUUCUUACCUCAAGAGCACUCACAAAGGAGCUUCCUGAACUUUUCUCACCCAGGCCAGAUGCUGCCACGGUCCUCCUCCCCUCCACAGGACCACGCAUCUCAGGACCAUGAGCGACCUCUGACUCUACUAUAGAUGCUGUAGACGUUCUGCCCCCCACCCCAGCCCAUCACGCUGGGGACGGUGUUCGUGUGUGGGUGUGGUCCAGACCCGAGAAGCCACUACCAAGCCGUGCACUGGAACAGAAGAUGAAAUGGGUCAUGAAGAGCUCUCGGUUUUUAAGGAAAACCCUCUAGAAGAGCAAUGAAAAGGAAGGUGCUAGAAAGAACACUGGCCACGGGAGUGUGUGUACUUCAGUGCUCCUCAGAACUCUCUGAGAAUCCCUAAGGAAGUGUCGUCUUCUGGAUCCUUAAGGCUGAAAGAUAACACAGAAUCCCGGACGGCUGUGUGCCUUUAUACAGAUGGUUGGACCACCUCCCAGCAGCUUCCCACACCUGUUCUCCGAUGCUCAUGGCUGGAUUUUGCAUGUUGCCUGCCGUGGGGGUGUCCUAGCUGAGCUGCUAAGAGCACAUGCACACCCCCGGCACUUGGUCUUCCAGCCUUUACAUUGCUUAAAGUAAUUUAAGCCCCAGCCGAGGACGUCACAACGCAAAGGCCUCUGGUUUAACUGUUCCUUCUCUUGCAUUUGAAUCCCUCUCCAGAGAUGGUUCUGGGAUUUUAUUGUCAGUUUUUUUAGGGCCUUCUCUGGAAAGGAGUGAGAAAGUGAGUACCCUCACUUUCUUAAUUUUCCUUCGAUUCUGAUAUUAAACUGCAGUGACUAGCUCUGAAAUUCCCUAGCCUACCCUCAGGGUUUUAUUUGUGUUGUCAUUAUUUCAUUUUUGUCUUGAUUUUAAUACUUGGUCAAUUGCUAGGGGCUAGAUCAUUUCCCUUCUUCAAGCCCUUUGUUACUUGGCAAAGAGAUAUGGAGGCAAGAGGAGAAUUAUUCUGCUGUUUUAUUUGAGCCUUAGCUUUGCCCAGACGCUUGGUGCUAUGAGGCCAGGUGUGUUGACAGGUAUCUACACAGGAUGCCAGUGACACCCAAGGGCUGCUGACUGUUCAGUGAAAUGUUUACUUGAUUUUCUCCUUUAGUGUUAAAAUAUAUAGUUGCACUUCACUUGGGUUGUAACAUUUAAGUGCACCUCGAUGUUCAUGACGAAAAAGCACAGAAAACCAUACCAAGGCCGCACUCAUGGAGUCUUGCUUUUUGUGGAGGGGCCAGGCGCUCACUCCUUCCUGCUGCUUUGGGUUGCCAGCCUGGCCUGCAUUCUGAAAUUCUGCACAGGCGUUCUGGAAGAUAGGAGGAAGAUUAUUUACAGUUCACCCUUGGUAAACACCCCUGAAUUGGCAGAAUUUCUGCCCCAAGACCAAGUUGCUUAAUAUAUUGUAAAGGAUGUGUGUGUUCUGCUCCUUGACCUCAGGCCAAGCAGGAGACUCAGUGAUGGGACCGGGGGAAGAGACACUUUAGGUCUAUGACUCAUUCUGCAACUGCCAACAAUAAAAAAUUGUGACCUGAUCACAUCGCUUAUUCUCA